GGCAAAAUCAACUGGGCUAUACUGUCCCCCGCCCCACCCCUAAUUUCUGCAGAUUCUGCUCUUCUCUACAGUACAGUUGGCUUAUUGGGAUCAUUGGGAUCUUGGAGUCUGACAUAAUGGCCAUUACAGGUAGCCAGUGUGGCCAGUUGGGUAGGAGAGGCCGUAUGGCUACGCACUUGUCUAGUCUGGGGUGUCUUGCUUGGAGCCCUGCUGGGGAUGACAAGCUCCUAAUUUCUGGGGUUCUAUUCUCUCUCCAACGUCAAUUGGCUCAAGGGAGGUGUCUCUUUAAGAGCUGGUGGCAGCCCCGCCCUACAAGGAGAUCAGCUGGGUGUGUGAGUCACAUGACUCCCAAGUCUCUUCCGCCCUCUGCAAGUGGGGCCGCAUGUGCGGCCAUGAGGGGCCCCACUGGGGCUGGGGGCGUUGUGCCCCCAGUUCCAUGCUCCUCCUGAUUCAGCUGCUGUCUGCAGCCCCGUUUGGCCUGCUGGGGGAGGAAACUCGCCAGGUGUCUCUGGAGGUCAUCCCUAACUGGCGGGACCCCUCCCCGAACCUGCUCCACAUCCGGGCAGUGGGUAGCAACUCCACACUGCACUAUGUGUGGAGCAGCAUGGGGCCACUGGCAGUGCUGCUGGUGGCCACCAACACCCCCCACAGCACCCUGACUGUCAACUGGAGCCGCCUGCUCUCCCCUGAGCCUGACGGGGGCCUGACGGUGCUCCCCAAGAACAGUAUCCAGUUUUCUUCUGCCCUUGUCUUCACCAGGGUGAGGAGGUUGGGGAGAGCCAAGGGGAAGAGUGCUGAGCAGAGGGUUCAUCCAGACCCAAGCGCCAACACAUCUGAGGCGUCAGCCAAGCCUCCAGGAAAACCGUAUCCCCCGUAUUCCCUGGCCGAGUUCUCUUGGAACAACAUCACUGACUCCUUGGAUCUCGCUACCCUGAGCGCCACAUUUCGAGGCCGCCCCAUUCAGGACCCCGCUGGGGCCUUUGCCAAUGGCAGCCUGGCCUUCAGGGUGCAGGCCUUCACCAGAUCCAGCCGCCCAGCCCAAGCCCCGCGCCUCCUGCAUUCAGCGGACACCUGCCAGCUAGAGGUGGCCCUGUUUGGGGCCUAUCCCCGGGGAAACCGCUCCCUGUUUGGGCUGGAGGUAGCCACCUUGGGCCAGGUCCCCGACUGUCCCUCAGUGCAGGAGCAGCGCUCCAUUGAUGAUGAAUAUGCACCUGCAGUCUUCAAGGUCAAUGCUCCUGGGUGUGGGCACCCCUCCAGUGGACGCCUUGUCCCCGUUAAUCCUAGGCAUCAUGGCGGUGGCCCUGGGUGCUCCAGGGCUCAUGCUGCUGGCAGGAGGCAUAUUUCUGCUGCUGUGGCACAAGCAAUGCUCCCAAUACCAGCCUAUAAACUGAGGCCCACUCUCUGGAGGACAGGACAUUAAUUAGUGGGCCUGCGUUGCUGGUCUGCCAGUUGAAGGGUUAGCUGCUCCCUUCUGCCAUCUUGCUUUUCUGCAAAACCUCAGGGAACCCCCAGGCGGGGCUUCCAUCAUACUCUCAGUAGGGACCAGCAACAGGGUGAUUGCUAGAGGUGGGGGGGGUCCCUUAGUGAUACCCCUCUGCCCUUCCACCAUUUUCCUGGCAUGAGACUCACAGACAUAAAUCAAAGGCCUUCUGAUUGGUUGGCUGCCCUAGAAGGCACAAAAUAGACUCAUUUUCUCCCUGG